GGCGUCUGCGGCGUUCCUCUGCUUCGCGGCCUCCCGCUCCCGCGGGGCGUACACCGCGCUGGCCGCCAUGGAGGUGGUCAUCACGGCGCUGUUUUUUCUGCUGUACUUCUUAAAGCUCGAUAAAAAGAUGAGCUGGCUGUUCUGGCCGUUGGCUGAUAUUUUCAACUCGGUGAUUGCAGCGUUGUUCCUCCUCGUUGUGUGCCUGUUUGCAGUAAUAAUCAAGACCAACAAUGGGACACUGGCUGGAGGAGUGUUCGGUCUUGUACUGCUUGUUCUUUCUGUUGUCGACGCGGUUCUUCUUUUCCAGAAGAUUAGCCUUGAUCGACCAAGAGGAAGGAAUACUCCUGCGAAAUAAGACUACCAUUUUAGUAAAAGAACGAUUUCUCUAUUGAUUACUAUUUUACUGUUCUCUUUUAAAUAGUUUGUAUUUUCACGUGUUCACCUUUGAAUUUCCCAUGCAUUUAUGUACAUUUUUGCAAGUAUUGUUCGUAAGUUUUCUUACAUUUACAAAUGUAGUUUCAGUGUUGCAGUUUCACCAGUAUAAGCUUCACAGAAAAUUGUCCUGUUUUUCUAAACUUAAUUGCAUUUUCACCUGUAUGAAAAUUAACUUCAUAAUUGUCUUCUUUCUGUAAUAAAAAGAAUUUACAAAUAG